AGCCAAGAAGAGUCUCCUAAGAAACAAUAUAUUAUUUUAAAUAUUUUCACAAUAAAAAGCCAAACAAGACCUGUUUGUUUUUUCUUGUGUUUCUUGUCACAACAAGAGCUCUCUAUCCUAACCAGAAAUGAAGGAGAAUUUCCUGGUUUUUGUCUUCCUCCAGGAACAGCAAAUCCCAAGUUUUGUGUUUCAUCCCAAAAAAAAUAUAUAUAUAUUAAAGAAUAGGAAUUAGAAACACACAAACACUUCCAUUAGAUAGAGCACCAACAACAAGAAAAAGAGAGAGAGAAAGAGAAAGAAAACAAAAGGCUAUUGAAAAGAGAAGAGAAGAGAAGAGAAGAGAAGAAAGACAAAAGGCUUUUUUAUCUUUCUUUCUCUUGUUUUGUUUUGGUUUUUUUUUUUUGUGUGGCUAUCUUUCAAUGUCCAACAUCUCAGGUGAUGAUGGUGGGAGCUUCUCUUCUGGCAACACUUGUUUUUCACAACAACAAAAGCAAUUUAAUCACUUGAAUGGAUCAAACUUUGUGCCCUCUUCAAGUACCAGUAAUAGUAAUGGAUCCACUUCUCAACAACAACAAGAGCAGCAGCCUCCAACUGUCAAGAAGAGAAGAAGUCUGCCAGGAAAUCCAGACCCAAAUGCUGAAGUCAUUGCUCUAUCACCAAAAACCCUAAUGGCAACAAACCGAUUCGUGUGUGAAAUUUGCAACAAAGGGUUCCAAAGGGACCAGAACCUUCAAUUACAUCGGCGAGGGCACAAUCUUCCAUGGAAGCUUAAGCAAAGAACGAGCACAGAGAUACGAAAGCGCGUCUAUGUUUGCCCUGAAACUACCUGUGUCCACCACAACCCGGCACGAGCACUAGGAGACCUUACCGGCAUUAAGAAGCAUUUUAGUCGAAAACAUGGUGAGAAAAAAUGGAAAUGUGAAAAAUGCUCAAAGAAAUAUGCAGUGCAAUCUGAUUGGAAAGCUCAUUCAAAGACUUGUGGUACAAAGGAAUACAAAUGUGACUGUGGCACCAUCUUCUCCAGAAGAGAUAGCUUCAUAACUCACAGAGCAUUCUGUGAUGCCCUGGCUGAGGAAAACAACAAAGCAAACGAAGGCCAUCAUGGCCAUAUCCCAGAUCUCAUCACCACCACCACCACCACCAACACUGCGCCACCGCCUAUGAACACCACCUCCAUCACAUUACCUGAAUUUACCCAACUUGACAUCAAAAUACCUAUAAAGCCAAUAAUACCUCCAAAACCUGUAAACCUAUCAGCAGCAAAUGGAAGCAUCUUCCCAAGUACUACUAACUCAAACACCCUCUUUGGCAGCCCAAGACCACCCAUCUCUCCUUCCUCCUCCACCCUCCAGCUCAGCAGCGCUGUCAACUCAUCGCUAUGCUCCUCAGCUGCGGCUGCCAUGUCAGCAACCGCCUUGUUGCAGAAGGCAGCUCAAAUGGGUGCAACUGCAAGUUCUAAUAUGAACUCACCGAUGAUGCAGAAGAGUUUUGUUACGAGCAUGGCGCCUUCAUCGUUCAAUGGAAUGCCACCAUACGAUCAUCAGAUUCAUCGUCAUAUCCAAACACAAAAUUAUCAUCAUCAUCAUGAGCAAUCACAAUCACUUCUGGCUGGUGUCAUUGGUGGAUCGUUUGCCACCCAAUUCAAUAUGGGAAGGUACAUAGGAGGACUGAAUAAUCAAAACCAUGGAUUUUUGGGAAACCUGGAAGAGAAUGAUAGCGAUCAUAAUGUUUUACAAGGUAGUACGCCUGAGAGUAGGACCGAAUUGUUUUCAAGUUUUAUGGGUAGCAAUGGACACGAUGAUAUGACAACAGUUGAUUAUUUAGGGAUUGGAGGAACAAGGCCGAGGAAUUUUCAUGGACAACAAAACCAUGGAGGAGUGGAGGAGUAUGAAGCAAUGAGUACACAGCAGAGAAUGCAAGGUUUGAGUCAAUUUCAACAACAACAAAUGUCUAGUGGGCAAGUAACAUGUGAAAAAUCAAUGUGGAAUGUUUGAAAUUAUGAUUAUGUAUUUGUUUUUUUGGUGUAACUCAGGUAUUAUGGAAGAAGCAGCAAUAAUGUCUUGCUGCAAAUAAGACAAUUAGGGCACAACAAUGCUCUCAAAA